AUGUUAUUGCAGACUACCUAUCAAGACAAAAGAACCCAAACUGAGCCAGAAAAAGAUAGAAUGGAAGAAAUACUCAAAGCCAUUACUACACUUUCUACAAAAGUGGAUAGUAUGGAUAAAGAGUUACAAAAGAUGAAAAAUAUAAGUCAGCAGCAUGACUAUAAAAAUGCAGAGCUAUGUCGAUCGGAAGACAGAAAAAUUCCAGAGCUACAAGGAGACGUUGGAAAACUCCAUAAAACCCAUGACAAUGUUUGUUUAAAUGCAGCUACAACCAGCACAUCUACAACAAAAGGAGUUAGUGGAAUAAGAUAUACGAAUUCAAAUAUGAAAUUUUUUUUUGAUAUACCAGUUAUUCCAAAAAACCAAAAAGACCCAUUAUAUAUGCCACCACAAACAACUACUUACUCGGAAAGUUUAAACCAAGAUAAAAAUGCCUACAACCACAUAACCCGCUCAUAUAUUGAAAACCUUUAUAAAAUCCAAAAUUAUUUAAACUCAACACCAAGAUCUCAAACUGCCAAAGACCCUCAUACUGAUUUUAUAACCCAAAAGCUACAAGGAUAUAAUAAGUUGAUAGCGCAACCAGGCACCAAUGCAAAUCUAGUAAAAACGUGUUAUAGUUACGGAUUACUCAACACAAUUUAUACUCAAACAGGAGAUGAAAUAUCGACCAUACCGGAGCUAUACAAAGCCUUUAUGAACUAUAAAAGAAUUACUAAAGGAACAUUAUUUUAUAUAAAGUUUUAUUCAGCACCAGCAGAGAUAUUAUUUGAUGAGAUAAAGCCAAUUAUACAAGUUAUAAAGAUUGGUUUGACCAGAGAUAUGAUAAUUCCGGAAGAUAUCGGGACACAGCAAGAAACACAAAGAAUUGAGAUACAAGAAUUCUACGCCAACAAGAGAGUUAUUGGACUCGCAACUAUUCUAAAUGAACUAACUAACAAUUAUUUAAACGAAAAUUCAGUAUGGAGCUAUUAUGUACGGGAACAAGUUAUGAUAUAUUCAAAUUCUAGGGAAAUUAGAGAACAAGAUAUGGAGGAGAUACGCCAAUGGAUACUCAGUUUACUCAAGCCGGAGCAAAAAUCAACAACAAGAGAAUUAAGGAAAGAGUUUAUUUCGAAUGAAUUAUUAACCAGAUAUUGCAAAAUUAUUGGACAAAAAUACCCCGACCAUAUAUGUUCAAAAUGUCAGGGAGAAGAUAAUGUCAUACCAGAUGUCCAAAUCGAAUAA